CCUGAUUCCCCCUGCCAACUUUCUUUCCCUCUUCAGCCAGCUUAAAGUCCACUGCGACUCGGUCCAAACUUUCUCCGCUUGCUUCUCGCGUUUUCCUUCUCCAAUUCGGUCUCUCCCCGCCUCCGCCGCCAGCUCACUUCAUCAGGUUUGCAAUCGGUGGUUUGGAUCAUUGGACGUGGAGAGUUGUUUUACCCUAAUUUGCAUCUGAUUCUAGUGGCCUGAUAUGAAGGACCUCUCUCACAUGCUACCUGCAAGUAGAAAUCGUAGUCAGCCCAGGGCGAAUAGACCUUUGCCCCUAUCAGGCAUCGACUACUCAGAAUCACAUCGCAAGCCUCAGGUUCUUGGAAAACUUGUUAUAGCAGUCAUUAUUACAGCCGUAUGCAUACUGAUUCUAAAGCAAUCCCCAAGCUUUAGUGGCCCCAGCAAGUUUUCUCGUCAUGAGCCUGGAGUGACUCAUGUCUUAGUGACUGGAGGUGCUGGGUAUAUUGGCUCACAUGCUGCACUUCGACUCCUGAAAGACAAUUAUAGGGUCACCAUAGUGGAUAACCUUUCCAGAGGAAAUCUUGGAGCAAUUAGAAUUCUUCAACAGCUAUUUCCAGAACCUGGAAGACUUCAAUUCAUUUAUGCUGAUCUAGGAGAUGCCGUAGUUGUCAACAAAAUUUUCGCAAAAAAUGCAUUUGAUGCUGUUAUGCACUUUGCUGCGGUUGCUUAUGUGGGAGAAAGCACACUAGAACCUCUUAGGUACUAUCAUAAUAUCACAUCGAAUACUUUGGUGAUUCUAGAAGCCAUGGCAGCGCAUGGUGUGAAAACUCUUAUUUACUCAAGUACAUGUGCAACUUAUGGAGAACCAGAAAAAAUGCCGAUUACAGAAGUAACUCCUCAGCAUCCUAUCAACCCAUAUGGGAAGGCCAAAAAGAUGGCGGAGGAUAUCAUUUUGGAUUUCUCAAAGGGAUCAGACAUGGCAGUCAUGAUCUUAAGGUCUGUCUCUGAUGGUCACUUAUGCCUGCCUAUCCUGCUAGAGCAUGAUCUAAUCUCUCUCUCUCUCUCUCUCUGCAUUGACAGAUAUUUCAAUGCAAUUGGAUCAGAUCCAGAAGGAAGAUUAGGUGAAGCUCCGAGACCCGAGUUACGGGAGCACGGGCGUAUAUCUGGUGCUUGCUUUGAUGCAGCAUUGGGUAUCAUACCUGGUCUGAAGGUUAAAGGAACAGACUAUCCUACAAGUGAUGGAACUUGUAUUAGAGAUUAUAUCGACGUUACUGAUCUUGUCGAUGCUCAUGUGAAAUCCCUCGACAAGGCAAGGCCUAGCAAAGUCGGCAUAUAUAAUGUCGGUACCGGAAAAGGCAGGUCCGUCAAGGAAUUCGUCGAAGCCUGCAAAAAGGCAACCGGAGUGAGCAUCAGAGUGGACUACCUCGAGCGCAGACCCGGUGACUAUGCUGAAGUUUACAGCGACCCAUCGAAAAUCAACCGCGAGCUCAACUGGAGUGCCCGUCGCACUGAUCUUCAGGAGAGUCUUUCGAUCGCUUGGAGAUGGCAGAAGUCGCAUCUGAAUGGCUACGAGUCGGCUUCAGUUGUGGCGCUUUGAUCAGUCUGUUUCAAUCUCGUACAUUCAUUUGUACAAAUAUGAACUUCUUAAGUCAUUUGCAAAAUCAAACUUGCUCGAUUUAAGGCGGGGGAUUAAAUUUUCGGUGACGAUAGGAAGAAUGAAAAAUGGUGUGCCUGUACCAGAUGUAGAUCGCAGCUGAUGGUAGUAGAAUUCAUUUUAUCAUCUCA